AGUUACUUCUUUGCACACAUGAAGAAGGGACCCUAUACAGACACAGUGCAGAUGCGCCCGGUCGCAGUUUCACAAGAAGGGCUGUACUAAGUUUGUGUCUUCCUCUGAAUGGCGAGAAACGAUACGCAUGGCUUCUUGUGUAAAAUAAACUGCAAGCUGGACUCCUUCCUCAAGAGGAAUCUCGAACAGAGCGUGUACGAGAGAAUCCGAGCCUGUGAAGCGUGCGUGGUCGUCACUGAGACCAUCAAAAAAGUGUUCAUGUACGUGGUACUGAGUGACCACUGCAUUUAUUUAACAGAAAACCCACCAAAAACUAUACAAGCAGCCGUGCACUUCAAGGAUAUCUCCGGCAUCGAGCUGGUAAACGACUUCCCAGAUUUUCUAAGCAGGAGGGAUCGUGAGAGCGCCCAGCACAUCCGUAUCCUCUAUACCUCAACCGCUCCUCUCAAGAAACUGGAUAGAAAGGGCCAGGGAGGAGGAACACUGCAGCUGCCAGACAGAACCACCAGGAGCUCGUCCCUUCAGCUGCACGUGAAUGGCAGCAGACUCUUUAGUGCUCGAUCAUCGCCAGCAACAAGCACAAAGAUCAGCAGGCGUGCCGCCACCUCUGCACUAAGGGCCACCACAGAGACCGAAGACUUCAGGGUGAAGCAGAGCAUAUCCUCCAGAGACCUGAAGGGCCAGAGUCUCUGUGACAGCAGGAAUCCUCCAGCCCGCCCCCGGCCCCUUCCCAGGCCCCCUUCGGCAUCGUCGCUGUCGUCCUGCCUCUCCACUCUGGCACUGAGUUCUCCUCCUGGGCCAGCCAGCGGCCGUGCUUUCCACACGCGCUCCUCCUCCAUCCUCACCGACUGGGGCCAGCAGGCAGAAGCGAAUGAGCCGCGGGCUGCAGGGGAGCUGCACCUGUAUGUUGUGUCCUUGUCCUCACCCAUAUUCCUGCACUUGAAGAACUCCUGGAACAAUUACAUUAUACAGUCCACUUUAAAUCAAGAUCCACAGUACAGCAAGAAGUUCAGGGUUCAAUCAGCCUCUCCAGGCCAGGGCCAGAGAACAUGUAGCUCAGAGCGGACGGUGAAGUUGUUCAGUCAGCUGACCAGCGAGCUGUUUCAGGAGGACAGCACGCUGGAGGAGACGUACUCCCUGGUGCAGGAGCUGAAGACAGCGGCUCAGAGGAACUUCACGCUAAAGAGGCUCUUCUGGAAAUCCAAUGAUCUGUUUCCUUUCCUGAUCAAGAAACUUUCUGAUUACUUGCCAAAGUUUCAAAAUGUACCUGGACAACUUGACCGGGGCCUCAAAGCUGACAAGUUAGUGGUCUGUAUAAUGAUAGCGCAGACUCUGGCCCUGAUGUUUAGAGAGACAGAGACUGAGCCAGCUCGGACUAGCAUCCUUACAGCUAAACGGGGAGCAGUAACACGGACCCUGUUAAUAGCUUUGGUCAGGGAUCCCCAGAUUCAUAAUGCAACCUCCAGGCCUGACACUGUGAGGGUGGCUGAUUCUGUACCAAUGGACAGGGGCGCAGAUACUGAGGUACAGAAGCUGAUAACCGAGUACUUUGAAGCAGCGACUGCUGUUCUGUAUGAGAUCAUUCUCCUUGCACAUCAGGGAAACCUAACGUCAGACUGGGGCCCGUUCAUGACGGUGGGAUGGGUCAUGACGGUACUGCAGGGACUGCCCUCCGUGGUGUCCUUCAUUGGCAGUAUAGUGAAAGCUGUUAUCUCGGUGCUGUCUCCAGCCCUGCCUCUGCUCAGUCCCAGCCAGGCUGUGCUCUUAUACCAGCAGCUCUACAUCCUCAGCUCCUGCAUUCAGUACAGCAGCAGCCUAGCCGAGGACAUCCGGACCAAGUACAGUGAGGAGUUCAGAUACUACAUCCAGACCCCGUCUGUAGAGGAGAGGUUCCCUUUGCGCUGCCCCAUCACCCAGCCCACUGUCAGACUCCUCGCCCAUGUGCUCGAGCUGGUAGAACACAAACCUGCCCCACAGCUCUGAACACAAGGGCAGGAGCAGUCUACCUGGGGGAGCACCAGCUUACCUUAAAUGGAACACAUCAAUUAUUAUUGUGAAUGUAUGCAAUUCCAAACACUUACAUGUAUUUAUAUGUCCGAACCGUGUGUGUGCCAAAAGGCUUCUAAAUUCACAGCGUUUUAAAAGUCAAAGUACCGAAUCUGAAGACAUGUUUCGCCCUGUUUGGGGCUCAUUGGUGCAGUGUAACUGUACUUUGACUAGUGAAAAGCUCAGGAGAGUAAGUAGAUACAAGUAGGUUUAGAGUUAAAGUGGGAGAAAACAGUUAUCCAGAUUACCCAUAAUUCUAUAGUUACUGCUUUCUCCCACCUUAACUCAAAAGGUAUGUGUGUGUGUGUG